GGGUCCUUUAGCCUCGUUCCCGGGCUGUAUAAAGUUCGCCGGCCCCUUUGUUCGUUCUUAUUGCGUAGUUGCGUCUGUCCGAUUUUGGUCGCGUAGGUAGCUCGGGGGCUUUGGAGACCGAGGAGGGCUAGAACGCGUGCGUACGAAGCCGAGUUUAGAGCGCGUAGUGGUGGCGGCGGGAAGCCAGAAGUAGCCGGAGAGCCCAGCGCCCUCACUUGCACCUCCUGCCAAAUCGGUGCGUAGGAGAUGCCCAGCGGGAGGCUUUCGCUGCACUCCCCCCAGUUAGAAUAUAACAAAGUCAGAAUGGUUGAAGCAGAUCGUCCAGGGAAGCUGUUUGUAGGUGGACUUAAUACAGAGACAAAUGAGAAGGCUCUUGAAGCUGUAUUUGGGAAAUAUGGGAGAAUAGUGGAAGUACUCCUGAUGAAAGACCGGGAAACCAGCAAAUCCAGAGGAUUUGCUUUUAUCACUUUUGAAAGUCCUGCAGAUGCAAAAGAUGCUGCCAGAGACAUGAAUGGGAAGCUCCUAGAUGGAAAAUCAAUUAAAGUUGAACAAGCCACCAAGCCAACAUUCGAAAGUGGUGGUAGGCGUGGGCCACCACCUCCACCAAGAAGCAGAGGCCCUCCAAGAGGCCUUAGAGGAGGAGGAAGAGGAGGAAGUGGUGGAGGAACGAGGGGGCCACCAUCACGUGGAGGACACAUGGACGAUAGCGGAUAUUCUCUUAACUUCAACAUGGGGUCUUCCAGGGGACCUCUUCCAGUAAAAAGAGGCCCACCACCACGUAGUGGUGGGGGUCCUCCACCUAAAAGAUCUGCACCUUCAGGGCCAGUGCGCAGCAGUAGUGGAAUGGGAGGAAGAGCUCCAGUUUCACGUGGGAGAGACAACUAUGGAGGUCCACCCCGAAGGGACCCAAUGCCAUCUAGAAGAGAUGUUUAUAUGUCACCAAGAGAUGAUGGAUAUAAUACUAAAGACAGCUAUUCAAGCAGAGAUUAUCAAAGUUCUCGAGACAACAGAGAUUAUGCUCCACCUCCAAGAGAUUAUGCAUACCGUGAUUAUGGUCAUUCCAGUUCACGUGAUGAUUAUCAAUCUAGAGGAUACAGUGAUCGUGAUGGCUAUGGUGGUCGUGAUAGAGACUAUUCAGAUCACCCCAGCGGAGGCUCCUACAGAGAUUCGUAUGAGAGUUAUGGUAACUCACGUAGUGCUCCACCUGCUCGAGGGCCCCCGCCAUCUUAUGGUGGAAGCAGUCGCUAUGAUGAUUACAGCAGAGAUGGAUAUGGUGGAAGCAGAGAAAGUUAUUCAAGCAGCCGAAGUGAUAUCUACUCAAGUGGUCGAGAUCGUGUUGGCCGACAAGAUAGAGGGCUUCCCCCUUCUAUGGAUAGGGGAUACCCUCCUCCACGUGAUUCAUACAGCAGCUCAAGCCGCGGAGCACCAAGAGGUGGCCGUGGAGGAAGCCGAUCUGAUAGAGGAGGAGGCAGAAGCAGAUAUUAAAAAGAAAAACUUAAGUUUUUGGACCAAAACCCCCUUUCAAAAAAAAAAAAAAAAAACAAAGCAAGUGGAGCUUGUUCUAUCUUUCCUACCAGAGGACUACUAAAAAGGAAACAAUGGUUUUUCCUUUUUUUAUUGCCUGUUAAGUUCCUCUCCAUGAUUUUUAUGCUUUUGUGAAGAACAAGUUAAAGCAAUGUUUAAUUUCAUUUCAGAUUUGUUUAUUUCUUUCCAAAAAACAGAUGUUAAAUGUGUGAAAUUUGAGCUCUGUGUACCAGUGUUGUAAGUUCCAAAGUAAAAGUUUCCCUGAAAGGCUACUUCCUAUCUGAUUUCCUGACAAUUGAGACAAGCAUUUCUUAAGACCUUCCACAAACAUCCAACCAUCUAAAAUGGAAAUGGAUCCUUCUACUUGUUCAAACCUAUCAUUCUAAACCAAUUAGCUGUUUUGGAGGGUGGUUGGGGGUUAUGCCGCUCCUUAAGAUUUCAGGUUGUCCUUUUUGAAACUGAAAUCUAUGCAAGAUUUCCCAAUAUAUCAAAUGCUUAGUGAGGAAAAAAUUCAGUUAAAAAAAAAUCAGUAAACUUGAAACCACAAAUGGAUAGUCAUGACUAUACUUUGCCUUUCCACCAUUUUCUUGUGAAUCUGCAAGACCAUCCCCCCCAAAUAAAAAAAAAUUUACAUGUAUAAAACAACUACAGAAUUCUAAAUAAAAGGUUUGACUAGUUCCAACAACGAAGCUUCAAAAUGAUGCUUGCUCUUACUGUUUCAAAUUUUUGCAACUCUGUAGUGUCUCACUUUUAAAGGAACAGCUUGAUUCCAAAGGCAAAGGAGAAAAUAGAUAAGCAAAGAAGUUUAAUCUUCAACUUCUCAAAGGCUUAUGACUUCUAAAAACAAGUGACUCUUUCAGCAUUCCACUUCAGAUAUAAAGCAUCAAAUGCCUGUGAAACAGCAAAGAUGGCUGAUCAUUGCUGUCAGGAAUGCUGAUGUUAAAAACUGUCUCGGUUAUGUACUAGAGAUGAAAAAAGCAGCUAAUAUAUAAGAGUCACUACAGAAGCAGGAUGCUGAAAUGUCACUGAAGUCAGUUGCAUCUCAAAGUUGAUUUGGGCUCGCACUCCAGUUUUUGCCUUGGAUGAUUUCCUGUGAAUUGAGCUGAGCAGAGACAUCUGAUGUUGACUACUAUUACCCUUAACCCUUACAUGCAGAGUUUUUAUUGGAAAUGUUAAAAGUUCAGGUGACUAGAGAUCUGGGAAAAGUUGUCAUUUUGCGUAACAGCUGAGCUGUUGUACAUAACCCACAGGGCAGUAAGGUUUUGCCAAAAUGAUUUUUGGGGUGAGGGGAGGGAGGGAAAUCAUGCUGAGUGUUGGUGAAAUUGUAGGAUUGUUGAUAGGAAUUAAUUUGCCAUUUAAAUCUCUUUAAUUUUCUCCAAAGCACAAGAAUGGUUGGAUUGAGGUUUGGAUAAAUGGAAGACAAUUGGGCUGGCUAUAGGGAAACAAUUAGGGUAGGAAGAAAUUUGUACCCAAUGCUUUAAAUGACAACUGAACAAUUCAGAUACUAUAUAUGUGAGCAGCUGGUUUACCAUGAAAUCCCCAAAUUGGAAAAAUGAAAUCUUUUUUGAAGUUGCCCAACAGUAAUCAAGUGGUUGGGGUUUUUUGUUUGUUUUUGACCUGUUACAUUAUGUAAUAUCCCUUUACUCCCCCAACAUACCCUAUAAAUUUACUAGCAGUAACAGGCAGCUGCUGCAAAAGUAGAUCAUGGAGGUUUGCUUUUUUUUUUUUAAAUCGGUAAAGAUGUUACAUUUGAUUCAGUUUGUCCCCUUUCCCUUACAUACUACAAGUACUAUCUUACUAUAAAAAGAAAGGGACUUCAUAGGGGUAGGAUUUCUUUCCAGAGCUCAGUAGUAAAACCUAAGCUUGCAUUUAGGAAAAACUUAAUCUACAUAUCAGUUUUUUGGUUUUAUCUUCAUCGAGUUGUCUGCAACGAUGUUCUAAAUAUAUUGAUAUAACUCCUAUUUAGGCUGUCCAGAAGCUUAAAUAGCUACUUGGGACAGAAAUUUAUAGAUUUUGCUUACUGAUUGAUUUUUCUGGUUCAUCCUACUUAAAAAAAAAACUUAGCUUGCAUUAAUGUAGUGCUUUUGAGGGGGAGCACUAAUUACUCUUUUAUAUAUAUAAGUAUUUUGAUUUCUUGAGUAGAUGAUCUGUGUGGUAGACCUUAGAAAAAUAAUUGAGCAGAUUUUAACAGGGAGUACUAACAAGUUAAGUCUAGGUUAUAUAGUAAAGGAUAAAGAAUAGUUGUGUAUCUUUUAAGAUAGGAAACUUGAGAAAGCAGAAUAAGUAGUUGGGUCCGGGUUUCCUUUUCACUGUUUUGAGAGGUCAGUCUUUGAUCCACAAUAAUUUGAGGAAGUAAAGGAAAUAGAAAACCCUUUUUGACUACCAGGUUGACCACUGAUUAUUUGAAACAGACUUGGCAGUUUAUAAAACAAUGUAAUAAACAUGAUUAUGCUAUCACUAGCUGGAAUGUUCAGAGCCUUUCAUCUCACUUUAUUAAAGUUGUUUAUAUUGUA